GAGGAGGAGGAGAAGGAGGAGGGCGCCGCGCGGCCCGGAGCCUGACGCGGGACGUUUCUGGUCUCGAGCACCGCGGAUUUACUCCAGCUGGCGCGCGCACGAUGACAGAAACGGAGCGAUAAGAGAUGGACCGGAACCGGGAGCACCUCUGAGCUCCGGCAGCGGUUCGGCUCCGACAUGGAUGAGUUCCAUCCGUUCAUCGAGGCUCUGCUGCCGCAAGUGCGCGCCUUUGCCUACACCUGGUUCAACCUGCAGGCCAGGAAGAGGAAGUACUUCAAAAAGCACGAGAAGAGGAUGAGCAAGGAGGAGGAAAGAGCUGUGAAGGACGAGCUGCUGGGGGAAAAGGCUGAGGUGAAGCAGAAGUGGGCUAGCCGCCUGCUGGCCAAGCUGAGGAAGGACAUCCGUCCAGAGUGCAGGGAGGACUUCGUGCUGUCCGUCACCGGGAAGAAGGCAGCCUGCUGCGUGCUGUCCAACCCCGACCAGAAGGGCAAGAUGAGACGCAUCGACUGUCUACGGCAGGCAGACAAGGUGUGGAGGCUGGACCUUGUGAUGGUGAUCCUCUUCAAAGGGAUCCCUCUGGAGAGCACAGAUGGGGAGCGGCUGCUGAAAGGGGGUCAGUGUUCGAACCCCCUCCUGUGCGUUCAGCCGCGGCACAUCUCCGUGUCCGUCAAGGAGCUGGACCUCUACCUCGCCUUCUACGUCCAGGACAGAGAGUCCGAGUCGUGCAACAGUCCCAGCCAGGCUGGAGUUGGUUCUGAUCAGGAAGACAGCCGGACCACCACCAUGGAUGCUCCGGAGUUCCAGGAGACGUUUGUUACAUCAGGUGUUUUCAGUGUUGCUGAGCUGGUCCAGGUCUCAAGAACUCCUGUGGUGACGGCAGUCGGGCCGGGCUUCUCCAUGGGGGAACUCCAGGGUCACCUGGCCUAUGAUCUCAACCAGUCGGUCAACCAGGCAGUCGGCCUCCGGCGUUCAUUGGCGAGCACAUCAUCCAGCGGGAGCAAGCGGCACAAGUCUGGAUCCAUGGAGGAAGAGGCGGAGAGUCCUGGAGGCGAGUAUUACCACUCGCCGUCCUCUCCAGCAAGCAGCUCCAGAAACUGGACAGACGACAUGGAAGGAGGUCCGUCUCCUCCAGUGAAGAAGGCGGAGAUGGACAGUCCCUCCCCCCAGGAAGGCUCUCCAAGAAUGGGUUCUUACACUCAGCACCACCGUCCUGUCAUCGCUGUGCACAGCGGUCUGUGCCGGAGUCCUCACCCCUCCUCAACGCUUCACUUCCCGUCUUCCUCUUACUUCCCUCACGGAGCCAUCCGUUAUCCGCCUCACCUGGCCCAGGACCCCCUCAAAGAUCUGGUGUCUUUAGCCUGUGACCCCGCUAACCAAACCCCCACCUCACUUAAUGGAAGCACCCAGGUCAAAGUGCCUGCUCACUACAUCUCCUCUCAGAUGUUGGCCCCCCCUGGGCCAGCCCCCUCCCUGACCAGUCCAGCGUCCGCCCUUCUUAGACCAACGCUUCCUGCAGAGUCUAAGGCCAGCACCACCUCCAGCGACGGAGGAGCAAGUUCCCCAACGUCCCCGACAUACUCUGCUCCUGGGACACCCCCUGCCAAUCGGUCCCCCUUUGUUGGAGUCAGCCCUCGGGACACAGGUGGACUCUACCAGGCUCAGUCUUGGUACCUGGGAAACUGAGGGAGGUUCUGAUGGAGGCUGACAGUCGCAGAGAUGGAACCUGCUGGAGGAAAGCUGUCGUUCACGUGUGUGAAUGUGUGUAAAUGCUAAAGAGUUGAUGCAUUCACACAUGUGGAGAGUCAGAGAGCACCUGCUGGACUGAACAUGAAGCUGCAGCUGCACUCUGAACUCCUUUUGGACCUGAACUCAAACCAGAACAUAGUGGACUAACAGAAGCCUUCUAACCCAGCUGAUACGCAGGACCAGGUCCACUACAUGGGAUGUGUUGAUGGAUCUAAACAGAUCCCACAACCCAGGACUGAUCCUGUGUGCUGCAGGUGCUGGUUCUGAUAUGCAACAAGCCUUCCGGAUCCCCUCGGACACAGAGCUCUUCUUUUUACUGUUUCUUUGCACUUUGAGCCGAGCGAUGCAGCAGGUCGGAUCUCGUCCUCGUCUAGAACCUACAGAAGCUUCCACCAACACAAACAAUCGUCAGCCUGAACAUGAAGACCAAGUCUGAAAGCCUGAGCUGAUGUUGGACCCAGAAGCACCCAGGUUCUGAAAGGACCUGGCUCUGGGCGCUCUGUUCUCACACGCUAACCUCCCUCAAGAUCGUGCAACUGGGUUCUGGUUCUAAUUUUAAUGGGUCAGAAUUUUGUGUGUGUGAUGGAGAGGGGUUCUGGAUCCAGCAGCCACAUGUAUGACCAGUGUGAACAGAACAUUUAAUGAGAAGUUCUGCAGAACCUUAUAAAAAGCACUCAGACCCGCUGCUCUCACCUGUCCUGCUCCUGGUGAGCAGUGAGAAAGUUUAUAAUGAGAACCUCGGCAGCAGAACCAUUUUUUGACAUGUUUCUGGUCUUGUGGUUUAGUUAGAAGACAGAUCUGAGCGGAUCCGCUGUGGAACCAUCCUGGAGGAAACAUUCACAUCACUAUUUCUGAAAACAAAUUUCAUGCUCCAGAUACCAAAUAUUCAUGUUUUAAGCAAUAAAAACGCUGCCUCAUGAUGCCACAUGGUGACGCCAUGAGCUAAAGGAUAAAGGUCAGUUAGGGGAUGACCCAACGUCGUCAAAGUCUGGACAGAACCGAGGUUGUGUUACAUUCUAAGCUGUGUUUCCCCUUUACCCUGAACAUUGAUCUGCACACCUUUGUACAUGUGGCUCCUGGUGUUUGGGUCGGGCAGGUUCUGGAGCUGGCUAUGAGGGUUGAGAUGGGGUUCUGCUCAGGCUGAUGAAGGUCCUGCUUCUGUUCGGAUCGUCUCUGCACUCAGGACUCUGUCAUCCUGCCGCUGCGCAGACAGAAACACUAAAAGCGGACCUGGGUGUUCCGAAGCUCGGUUAGCUCUGCAUGCUGCUGCCAAGGUUCUGUUCGUACCCGAUGAGUGCAUGGCUCAGACGGAUGAUGCCUCUUCAUCUCCAACCCGCUCCUCUUCCUCAAGCUCUUGCAGCUUCUAUUUUGCACGAUCCUUCAUGAACACAUUAUGUGCCUUGGCUUUAGUUAGAUAACAGUGAGGCUUUAUGGAAGCGCUUCAGAAGAAGCUGCGCGAUGACCUGACAGGAUGCAGCAGGCUGUGAGCGGGCGGAGCUUACCAGCCAGCUGCAGAAGAGUUUAGAAGAGAUCCCUGAACGUCUCACUGGUGGCUAAAAGUGCUUGAGUUGUUCGAGAACGGCGGGGUUUGCAUCAGGAAUCUGGUUCAGGUUCUGCUGUCAGCUCCGUCUAACAUUUGUUGGGUUCUUCUGGGCUUCCGGGGUUUGGACGGUGGCACUUUAAAAGGAUGCAGGGAGUUCUGAGCGAUCUCAACCAGGCAUUCGCCAGUGAGCUCUAGAUGCAGGGAUGGUUUUAUGUACAUACCGGCCGGACCUUUUGAAGGUUCUGCAACCCCUCGACAUCAUGUUACAUGAUCAUGUGCACGCAGUGCUAUUCUUGUUUACUUUUGCUUUUGAAUUUUGGGUAACCAUCGACGUCUUGUCAUUAAGUACUUUCUAUAAUUACAGCUUUAGAGUGUAUAGAAAAAGCAGACAGUAAUGACCUAUAAUAUAUACGUAUUUUUAAACACUUCAGUGUCUUGUGUUUAUGUAUUUCUUUGUUUAAAACCCUGACGGUGAACCCAUGAAAUGGGUUAAAGUUGAGGAACACCCUGAUGAGGGAGGAAGAGUACCCAUGAUGCAAGUGAGGGACAGUCAAGGAUGUGAGGGGAAGGGAGGUGGAGGUAGUGAAUGUUGCACAAAUAUGUGGCAGGUUGUGAUUAACUCUGUUUCAGUAUUGUGACGCCACCAUGCAGGUAAGGUGACAUCAAACAGACUGUAAAAAUGCAGACGUGCAUGACUCAGAGAGUCAUGUGACUGAAUGUGAUGAGUCAGUGUCAGGAUGUCCUGUUGGUGGUCCAGACAGAAGGUAGAGAUGUUGGUUUUUUGCAUUGUGAGUGAAGACUGCUUGUAUGAAAGUGGCUCGCAGUUACAUUUUUAUGUCACCGAAGAAGAAAUCUCCUGGCGUGUAAAUUGGUUUCUCUGUGAGGUUCGUGUUGGCAGGAAGACAGGUGAGGCCAAAACCAGGGUCAGAUUAUGUGCUAAACAAACCAGCAGCGACAUGAACGUGAACCAAAAAUAAUUUAGCAAAAGCUGUGCCUGUGGUCAGACUGUUGGCUGCCUGCUGCUUGGUCAGCAGUUUGCGAUGUAUGCAAACACACAAUGCCAUCUGCUGUGCAGGUUCAAAGGGGAGAAGCCAUAAAACAAUCCAAAGAGUUCUAGAGAAAAUGCUGACCCCGACCUUUGACCUGAACCUGAGUUCUGCUUUUUUCUGGGACAGUUAGGAGAUCAGAUGUGAGGAGAAGCCAUCAUGUGAGGAGUUCUUGUGUCUGUUUCCCCUUUAAUGCACCGUGCUGACCCUCCAUGCUUUGUCUGUACUUUAACGCAUCAUCUUUCUGUUAUGAGAUCACAUGACUUGGUCCUGCUUGCUCUCACGGCGUCAUGAGGAAGCAUCCUGGUGUUUCUGCUGAAAGCUCCCACCUCCGUCUUCAGUCAGACAAUAUGCAUCUGUUGCCAUGGAAACGUUUGCCGCUCUGCCUGACCAUCAGUUCAUCUCACCUCGUUCCUCUGUUGUGGGCUUUGAAUACUCAGACUAAAGUGGAAUGGCUGUGUGGGAGGGGCUUAGUGUUCAGGUGGGGCUGGACUGUAAAUGUGUCUGUAAAGCGCAGCUGAAGGUGGCGCUGCAGCUGCUGCUUCACACUGUUUAUCUGAAUCCUCAGCUGGUUCAACAGAAACGUCCUUUUCUGAGACGUUUCAGUUUGGUUUCGCUCCGAGCUUCCUGCUGUGACGCAGGCGCGAUGCUGCUUUUUUUCCUCUGCCUGCUCUGCCGCUGCACUCUUUGCUCUGAAGACACUUUGUAAAGGAUGAAAGGAUUUUUCUUAGAUGCACUUUUCAGUAUUUUUUUCAUUCUGAUCAUUUUAAAGGUGUUGGAACAAACUGCUCUCCUUUUCCAGUGUUUGUACUUGUACAUAUCUCUCACACCUGGGAGUGUGGGCAUGAUAAGAUUUCAUAUGUUAUUGCAUGAUUAGGCUCCACACCUGAGCUGUGCACACAGGUUGUGCUUCGUCAGUAAACGUCGCUGCCAACCAUCUACCCGGCAGGAGGCGCCGCGGCGCCUGAACUUGGUUUGGUUUGUGUGUUUUGGUCCGGGCAGCAUGUUUGCAUGGCUCCUGUCUGUCUCCAUCAGAAUUGGGCGACCCAUGAAAGACUCAGCAAGAACAAUGCCCCAACUCUACAGGUGAAGGGGGCGGUGCUGGUUUUCUUCGGAAAGGGCUCCUGCUCUGGACCGGAGCAGCUUUUUUUUUACCCACGACGCUGAAGCAGGAAUCAUCUUUUGUCCACAUGCCUCUGAACCUCCAGCACUCUGGGUUUUUGAAUGUAUUUGAGUCUGAGCGGCACGUGUGCUCUCCACGUGCGCUGGGGAAAAUGGACUUUCUGAUGAUAUGCCUUUAGAACCAUACUUACCACUGUUAUCUACAGAUUCUGACUUCAUUACUGGAAAUGAGGAUGUUUCCCUAUGCAAAAUUACCAUGAAUAAACAAGCUGUACCACAGA